UCCUUCUUAUUUGAUCUAAAGUGAAAAUCAAAUAUCCUUCGUUCUGGCAUCUUUAAUGCCUUGUUAAUUCACGAAGCGUCUUUAAUAUCCGGUAUUAGUUUAGUUGAGAGAAAAUAUUAUUGGACACCGUCUAACUGGGAGAGACACUCGAAUAGUUACACCGGUAGAUCCAUCAUUAAUCCUGUUAUUAAUUAAUUGUGAGUUGAUAAUUUGUUAAACGGUUCUUUGUUUUGGUCUGGAUAUUUGUAUGUAAAACAGUUUUUUGGAAUAUUUACGGUUCCCAUUAUUCCUAUGUGUUUAUAAAUAGUGAAUGUUUGACCGUAAUUCCACAGAAAUUUAAAAGUUGGGCACAAUGGAUCCUGCCCUGAUAAAAGGACAUGCAUCGUUCUUGGCCCGAGCCCGCAGCCAACCUAUUGUGGAAAAAAGGAAGAAUCAGCACAAGGAUGAAAAUAACGAAUCACUUGCGAAGAAACAAAAAUCUUCCAAACCGCCAAAACCGAAACCAAUUUCAAACGCCGAAACUUACGACUACAAAACUGCCAAAGGAAGUUCCCAGUAUAAGUUUAGUGUUUUGGCCAAAAUAGUUAAACAUAUGAAAACUCGACAUCAAAAAGGCCAUGUCCAUCCUUUGAAUAUUGAGGACAUACUCGACGAAACUAACCAGUUGGAUUUGGGAAGUAAGCAAAGACACUGGCUUGUAACAGAAGCUUUGAUUAAUAACCCGAAAAUAGAGGUUGUCGAUGGAAACACGUAUAUCUUUAAACCCAAAUAUAAUAUUCGUAAUAAAAAAGGGUUAAUGAAUCUGUUGAAGAACCAGGACCUUCAUGGUCUCGGUGGUGUUCUUGUCGAUGACAUUGAAGAAUCGAUUCCAAAUGCUCCGAAAGUAUUCAAAGUGUUAGCUGAUCAUAUUAUUUUCGUAGCAAGACCAAUUGACAAAAAGAAAAUACUCUUCUACAAUGACAAAUAUUGUCAAUUUAAGAUUGAUGAAGAUUUUCGAAAAAUGUGGAGAAGUGUAACUGUGGAAGGUUUGGAUGAGCAGAAAAUUGAAGAAUAUCUCGAAAAACAAGGAAUAAGUUUAAUGCCAGAUGUUGGUGCGAAACGGACUCCAAUACAGAAGAGGAAAAAGCUGAAUUCUAAAAAGUCGCGGACGUUUAAGAAACAUAAUGACCAUUUACAAGGGGUUCUUGAAGAUUAUUCCGACUUGACCAACAAACAGAAGUGAAGCCGCGUUGAAGGUUGGACCACUAUGUCGACCGCUUUAAUAAUAUUGCUUGUAGACAAUCUGUAAGAUAUUUUUAUCCUGAUAUUAUUGACAUUUCCAAUAAUCAAUGUGUGUUUUGCAUUCUUUGAAGGAAACACGAAACAUCCAUUUGUAGUAAAGUACUUUUAUAUGUGGAUAUACACGUUAGGUUUUGUAUUUAAUUCAGUUAAUGUGUUACCACUUGAAACUUAAAAAAAAUUUCUCAUAUGUAUAAAUGAACACCACGCAUCCAUUUCCAAGUAAGUAUAUAUAUAUAUAUAUAUACACACACACACCUGAUACUGGGAAUAACUUCAACAUCCAUACAUAUUAUACAAAAUAUAUUUCUAGUUAAAAUGUAGUCAUUUAGAUAUUUUACAUAAAAUUAAUAAUUUUGUGAUUAAAUGUGGUGAAACUAUGA